AUGGCGGCUGCAGCGCUUGCCACGUCAGCAGCAGUCGGCAGCAUCAGUGGCUACCGGCCCGCCAGCGCGCUUUCCGGCGCUUCCCUCCGCUCGUCCUCCGCUUUCGCGCUCACCCCCAUCCGCGCACUCCCGCCUCUUCCGUCCGCCGCCCGCCGCGCCUCCCCCUCCGCGCCCUCGCGCAAAGGCGCGGUGGUUCCGUGCGCCGUCAUCGCGGGGCUGCAGGUCUCGGCGGCGUCAGUGGCGCAAUGGGCGGCGCGAAUGGCGGCGUUUUACCUGCUGGUGAAACUGGGAGUGGCUGGGGCCGAGAAAGCUGGCGGGGCUGAGAGCACGGGAGGGAUCAACCUCGUUGAUCGGGUCAACAAGGCGCUCUUUGGGAACGCUGCCGAGAAAGCAGCAAAGGAGGCCAAGAAAGCAGCGGGCAGCAGAUGGCACGAGAGCACCAAAGGCACUCUUGUGAGGCGGUGCCGUGUGCCCAACGUCAGCGAGGGCAGGAGAACCCUUCGGUCGUUGAUGGCCCUGCUGUCUGAAGACGACCUUUUCACUGAUGCCACCUCGCACAAGGGCUGCCAAAUCCGCAGGGAGUCGGCACACAGUGAAACCGUCUGCUGCAACAAUGUGAGGGCCAUGUUUGACGAGCUGCCCACACCACACAUCGUGGUCGAGGUCACUGUCUUCCCCCCGGGCCCUCUCACUGCUAUGGAGUACCAGAAGGCUGAGAAGCUCGAGGCUGUGCUGAAAAAGGGGCGGUCUAUAUAG